GAGGCAUAGAGCUGGGUUUUCCUGCUUAGAGUAAAGUAGGCUGCAUUGUGAAACUGAAUUGCUCAGCGCCUGCUAAAAUGAACACAGAAGCAGAACAGCAGCUUCUCCAUCAUGCCAGAAAUGGCAAUGCUGAAGAGGUGCGCCGGCUGCUGGAUGCCAUGGCACGGACGGAAGUUGUUGCUGAUAUCAACUGCAAAGGAAGAAGUAAGUCUAACUUGGGCUGGACACCUCUUCACCUGGCAUGCUAUUUUGGACACAAACAAGUGGUCCAGGAUCUGUUAAAGGCUGGUGCAAAAGUGAACAUGUUAAAUGACAUGGGGGACACGCCGCUGCAUCGAGCUGCCUUCACAGGACGAAAGGAGCUGGUAAUGCUUCUUUUAGAAUACAAUGCUGAUACUACAGUUGUAAAUGGAAGUGGGCAGACAGCAAAAGAAGCCACCCAUGACAGAGAAAUCAGGCACAUGCUUGAGGCUGUGGAAAGAACUCAACAAAGAAAGCUUGAAGAAUUGCUUUUAGGAGCAGCUAGAGAAGGAAGAACAGCUGAAGUAUCAGCUCUGCUCAGCAGGCCCAAUCCUCCUGAUGUGAACUGCUCAGAUCAGUUAGGAAAUACUCCCUUGCACUGUGCAGCUUACCGGGCCCACAAGCAGUGUGUCCUAAAGCUUCUGAGAAGCGGAGCUGACCCCAGCCUGAAGAACAAGAACGAUCAGAAACCUCUUGACCUUGCCCAUGGUGCUGAAAUGAAGCAUAUUCUUGUUGGUAAUAAGGUUGUCCACAAAGCACUGAGACGCUAUGAAGGCCCUCUCUGGAAGAGUUCAAGAUUUUUUGGCUGGAAGUUAUUCUGGGUAGUGUUAGAACACGGAGUUCUUUCCUGGUAUAGGAAACAGCCCGAUGCAGUCCAUAAUUCUUACCGCCAAGGAUGCAAACACCUGACUCAAGCGGUGUGCACGGUAAAACCUACAGAUAGCUGUCUCUUCUCUAUUCGAUGCUUUGAUGACACUGUUCAUGGCUUCAGGGUUCCUAAGAACAGCCUACAGCAAUCAAGAGAGAAGUGGCUGGAAGCAAUUGAAGAACACUCUGCAUACAGCACUCACUACUGUUCCCAGGAUCAGGUGACUGAUGAUGAAGAGGAAGAUGUAGUUUCUACUGUGGACCUGAAGGAGUCAUUAGCGAGAGCACAAACAUGUCAACAGAGACUAGAUAGGGAAAUUUACAACUUUCUCAAAAUGAUUAAGGAGUGUGAUGUGGCCAAAGAUGUGCUUCCAUCAUUUCUUCAGAAAGCUGACGUUGUCUCCGAAGCUUCUAGAGAGACUUGUGUGGCGUUGAGUGACUGUCUUAAUCUCUUCACUAAACAGGAAGGGGUGAGGAAUUUUAAAUUGGAACAGGAGCAAGAAAAAAACAAAAUUUUGUCAGAAGCACUGGAGACUUUAGCUACUGAGCAUCAUGAACUAGAACGAUCCCUGGUUGAAGGAUCUCCGCCUGUCAGCAUCCUUAGUGAGGACGAGUUCUAUGAUGCACUGUCAGGUUCCGAGUCCGAGGGGUCGCUGACUUGCCUGGAAACUGUGACAGCACACUCCUUUGAAGACAACGAAGUGCCUGUGAGCAGUGGAAAACACAGAAUGUCUGAAGGAAAAGACUGUGGUGGGGGAGAUGCGCUCCCCAAUGGCAUCAAAAAGCACAGAACAAGCCUGCCAUCACCUAUGUUCUCCAGAAACGACUUCAGCAUCUGGAGCAUCCUCAGAAAAUGCAUUGGGAUGGAACUGUCCAAGAUAACAAUGCCAGUCAUAUUUAAUGAGCCUCUGAGCUUCCUGCAGCGGCUAACGGAAUACAUGGAGCACACUUACCUCAUCCACAAAGCCAGUUCAUUUUCUGAUCCUGUGGAAAGAAUGCAGUGUGUGGCUGCAUUUGCUGUGUCUGCUGUCGCUUCUCAGUGGGAACGCACUGGAAAGCCCUUCAAUCCUCUUCUGGGAGAGACUUACGAAUUAGUUCGAGAUGACCUUGGAUUCAGGCUCGUCUCAGAACAGGUCAGCCAUCACCCCCCCAUCAGUGCAUUCCAUGCAGAAGGACUCAACAAUGACUUCAUCUUCCAUGGCUCAAUUUACCCCAAACUCAAGUUCUGGGGCAAGAGUGUAGAAGCAGAACCUAAAGGAACUAUCACCUUGGAGCUUUUAGAACACAACGAAGCAUACACAUGGACAAACCCCACCUGUUGUGUGCAUAACAUCAUUGUGGGCAAACUCUGGAUUGAACAGUACGGCAACGUGGAAAUCGUAAACCACAAGACUGGGGACAAGUGUGUGUUGAAUUUUAAGCCAUGCGGCCUUUUUGGCAAGGAAUUACACAAAGUUGAAGGCUACAUACAAGAUAAAAGCAAAAAGAAGCUCUGUGCGCUUUACGGGAGGUGGACCGAGUGCUUGUACAGCGUAGACCCUGCCACUUUUGACACUUACAAAAAGAAUGAUAAGAAAAACACAGAAGAGAAGAAGAACAGCAAACAGACAAGCUCAUCUGAGGAAUCUGAUGAAAUGCCAGUGCCAGAUUCUGAGAGCGUAUUCAUUAUCCCUGGAAGUGUGCUCCUGUGGCGGAUAGCCCCUCGGCCUCCCAACUCUGCUCAGAUGUAUAAUUUUACCAGCUUUGCCAUGGUUUUGAAUGAAGUAGACAAGGAGAUGGAGAGUGUGAUUCCCAAGACUGACUGCAGGCUGCGGCCUGACAUCAGAGCCAUGGAGAAUGGAGAGAUCGAUCAAGCUAGUGAAGAAAAAAAACGACUUGAGGAAAAACAAAGAGCAGCCCGCAAAAACAGGUCCAAGUCAGAAGAGGACUGGAAGACAAGGUGGUUCCAUCAAGGUCCUAACCCCUACAGUGGAGCACAGGACUGGAUUUAUUCUGGCAGCUACUGGGACAGAAACUACUUCAAUUUGCCUGAUAUUUAUUAAAGUGCAGAGAAGUCAAGGUGUUUGCUAAUCUAAAUAAGUCUUAAGCUUACGUUUUUAAAUUUUUCCCCUUGGUUUCUACUCCUCUAUAGUUUGCGUUUUACCCACUAAGGCAAGGCCUCUGGUCACACUGGGCACAAUCUGAAAGAGAACAAGGCAUUGCUGCUCCACAGUUGGUUACUUGGAGCAGUGUUCACUGGAAACCUAGUGUAGUACUCAGCAAUGUGGGAUCUGUAAUGACCCCAUAGUGAUCAUAGUGUAGUGAUUCAAAAUCAAGUUAUUUUGAAUAUUUUUAUGCUAUAAUGCUUGAGUAUUUUAGGUAUAGCUUUGAAACCUUUAGAAUUCUUCUGUACAAUGUUACGUGCUCAAAUGUAGAGAUUAUCAUUUUAUAAAAACUAAAUUGGUAUGAUGGCCUUUUAGGGAAAUUAAUCCUCUCAGUUUUACUUCUCACCUCCUAGAGAGGGAGCAGGAUUCCUGAUCUGAAAAUUCUAAACUGGGACAGGCAUUUACUUAUCUCAGCUCUGAGUUUAUGUUCACAUUUUGUGAUCACUGUCAUUAGAUUUUACAGGGUUAAUGUGUGUUUGAACUGAAAAUCAAAAAAAUGCCCUAAAAUAGAUUUUAAUCAAUAUAAUUAUCUAAUGACAAGUCUUUUAGCCUCAACUUCCAGUGGCAAAUGCCACAGAAAAAUUAAACUGCACUCAUGUAUUAUAAUCUAGGUAAGAGAAGGCCUUGUGCAUUUUGAGUUUGCAGGGUACUGGAGACCUACUGUACAGUAGCUUUUCCCCAUUAAUUGGGGUACUCUUAUAGUAUUUAUCCAACCAAACCCAGACUGAGAUACUUGCCCUAAAGGGCCUUAGGUAGCUUCCAGUAAGUUAAUUGUCUUGAAGUUAACAAGUGUUAUGAUGCUAAAUAAAGGCUUUAGAAUAUCAAAAAAAAAAAGUGUGAAUGCUUCCAGAAUUUCAGUUUAUAUUGUAACCUAACACUAUCCUUAAUUAUCAAAGGUAUUCCCAGGGUCAGAGAGAGUGUGGGAUCUAGCAUACAGACCAUGAAGUGGUCAGUUAGCACUCUAGUACAAUUGUUAUGUGAAUUCCUGACUGGAAAGCCUGCUUGGGUAUGGGCUGGACAAUGUUAAGGAAGUUCGUAUACCUGCUAAGUUACUAAAACAACAUGCAGUUUUAUGCUUGCAGGAAGUUUAUUGAUACAGUUCACAUGGUGACAAACUCCACCUUGAAUGCUGAAUCAAACAGCAUCAUUUUCAGCAUCUGUUAAUGAAGAGACAUUGAACUGUUUAAAUAUCUGAGCUACAUGCUUGGUGUUACUAAUCAAAAACAUCCUAGAACUUCCUGCUGAGGCCACCUCUUGACAACAGAAGGUUGUUGUGAUUAGAACCAUGGCCAUGCAACUGAAAUACUGCCUCCCUCUCAG